UCUACGUACUCGCAUUAACAUGCAAAGAUUUUCAUAACCUACAAGAAUCUUGAGAUGAUUUCUUCAGAUCACAUAAGAAUUAAAACGUCGUCUUAAAACGCUAUAAAUACUCCAUGAAAACACUCGUGAAGUUUCCCUCCAUCGCCACCACACCAUUACCAAGCUCAAACAGGCGAGUUCCAAGCUUUCUGCAAGAAACUCAAAAGCUUCGCUGGGAGGAUGACAGUGGCGGCGGUGAAGAACAACAGCAAGAAAGGAAGCAUUGGUCGUCAAAGGAUUCCGAUGGCGAAGAUACAGAAGGAGAGCCACAGGCAGGUAACUUUCUCGAAACGCCGAGCCGGGCUGUUCAAGAAAGCGAGCGAGCUCUGCACUUUGUGCGGAGCCGAGAUCGCCAUUAUCGUGUUUUCGCCGGCGAAAAAGCCCUUCUCUUUCGGCCAUCCGAACGUGGAAUCCGUCCUGGACCGCUACAUCUCGAAGAACAGGAGCGUUUCCUUCACACAGACUCAGACGCAGACGCAGACGCAGACGCAGGGGAGCGGUGACAGCGACCUGAACGCGCGUCUGACGCAGGUUCUGAGCGAGCUGGAGGCGGAGAAGAAGAAGGGCCAAGUGAUGGAGGAGAUGAGGAAAGGGAGGACGAGGAAGAACUGGUGGGAAUCGCCGUUGGAGGAGAUGAGCCUGGAACAUUUGAUGCAGAUGAAAUCCGCGUUGGAGGAGCUGAGUAAGAGCGUUUUGAUGACGAAACGUUCUCUGGCGGUAAUGAUGACCGCCGCCGCAGCGGCUGAGGCUGGGAGCGCUGCGUCUGCGGCUGCGUUUGGAUGCUAUGAGACUAAAGUGACUCCUUACCACAUGAACAUGAUGGGCUCUUCUUCUGGAAUCUCUAGUGCUUACAGUUUUGGUUAUGGACAUGGUUUCUGAUUCCUACUUUUUUUGGGGGUUUGUAGAAAUAGAAAAGAAAAACUGAA